AUGCUGAAGCUCAAUGAAGAGAAAACAGAGUUAUUCAUUGCUGUUCCUGACCAUCUCAAACACAAAGUGCCUUCGGUAUCUCUUCAGGUCGGCGACAAAGUCAGCAAGCGCUCUAAGAGUGUUCGCAACCUCGGGGUUGUAUUUGAUUCGUCAAUGUCCAUGCACUCCCACAUCACAACUCUCUGCUCCAGCCUCAACUAUCAACUCAGAAACCUAAGUCGCAUUCGCAAAUUCCUGGACUUCGACACAUGCCACCUAAUUAUCCGUGCUCUUAUUCUCUCAAGAUUAGACUAUGGCAACGGGUUGCUUCUUGGAUCUAGCACUUCAGACAUCCAACGUCUUCAACGCAUCCAAAACUGGGCGGCCAAGCUGAUUUGCAAGGCUAUGAAAUAUGACCAUGCGACACCCUGCCUUCAGCAGUAA